GCUGCGAGCGAGCUAGACGGGAGGGAGAGCGAACGAGCGAGGAGCGGGCGAGUGAGCGGCGGGCGGGCGCGGAGCAUGCGGAGCGGCGCCCCGGGCGGCCCCCGGGCUUGGGCGCGGGCGAGGCGCGCGGGUGGCGGGGGCGCGGAGCAGCGCAGGGCCGGCGGCGGGAGCGAGGACGGAUCGCUGUGACUCAGGAGUCGCUCGGGAGCCGGCGCCUGGCCAGGGGGCCCCGCCCGCCUGUCGGCCGGCCCGGGCCGGCGGGGAGGCGCCCAUGCGGGGCCGCGAGGCGCGGUGAGAGCGCGCGCGGGCGGGCUGGCGGGCGGGCGGGCGCGCAGCCGGCAUCAUGUCCAUGCUGCCCACCUUCGGCUUCACGCAGGAGCAAGUGGCGUGCGUGUGCGAGGUGCUGCAGCAGGGCGGCAACAUCGAGCGGCUGGGUCGCUUCCUGUGGUCGCUGCCCGCCUGCGAGCACCUCCACAAGAAUGAAAGCGUGCUCAAGGCCAAGGCUGUGGUGGCCUUCCACCGGGGCAACUUCCGCGAGCUCUACAAGAUCCUCGAGAGCCACCAGUUCUCGCCGCACAACCACGCCAAGCUGCAGCAGCUGUGGCUCAAGGCGCACUACAUCGAGGCGGAGAAGCUGCGCGGCCGGCCCCUGGGCGCCGUGGGCAAGUACCGCGUGCGGCGCAAGUUCCCGCUGCCCCGCUCCAUCUGGGACGGCGAGGAGACCAGCUACUGCUUCAAGGAGAAGAGCCGCAGCGUGCUGCGCGAGUGGUACGCGCACAACCCCUACCCGUCGCCGCGGGAGAAGCGAGAGCUGGCCGAGGCCACCGGCCUCACCACCACGCAGGUCAGCAACUGGUUCAAAAACCGGCGGCAGCGCGACAGGGCGGCGGAGGCCAAGGAAAGGGAGAACAGCGAGAACUCCAAUUCCAACAGCCACAACCCGCUGGCUUCCUCGCUCAAUGGCAGCGGCAAGUCGGUGCUAGGCAGCUCCGAGGACGAGAAGACGCCAUCGGGGACUCCUGACCACUCGUCGUCCAGUCCCGCAUUGUUACUCAGCCCACCGCCGCCCCCUGGGCUGCCUUCCCUGCACAGCUUGGGCCACCCUCCGGGCCCGAGCGCAGUACCCGUGUCGGUGCCCGGCGGAGGCGGCGCGGAUCCACUGCAGCACCACCACAGCCUGCAGGACUCUAUACUCAACCCCAUGUCUGCCAACCUUGUGGACCUGGGCUCCUAGAGCUCCGCUCGCCUCCCGGCGCUUGCUUUCCGUGCAUGGUGCGGGGACUUGAGAGGCGGUGUGGGAGGGCGGUAGAUUCUGGAGUCUGGACCGGGUACUGGAAGUCUGCCCUGCCACGCUGGAGCGGCAGAACCGGCGGCGGGACAGUGGAGAAUGGUCUGCUCGGGGUCCUUUGGGGGAUUCAUUUUCAACAAGUUGCUUUUGAGAGCCUUUGGAGGCCAGGGACCGAGUCUUGAACUAGGCAAGGGAAUAAAUUAUAAACCACCACCA